AAACCUUGUCUAAAGAAGCUUAAAGGAUACAAGAUCCUUUCAACUCUUCUAUUUCUUUCUGCAUCCUAUAUGGGGAUUAUAUGGGUCGAGUUCUGUUUGAUAUCUGCUCAUGGACUGCAGCAUUCAACUUCACUUUGGAAGCGUCACUGGUAUGCUGUUGGGUGGAUUGAUGAUAACAGCAAAUAUUGUACCAAAAUUGAUGAUUCUGGGAAUGCAAAUCCUGUUUGGAGAACUAAUUUUGCCGUUCCUGUUGAUGACUCAAUGCCAAACCUCCAAGACUUGACAUUGAAUGUGGAAGUUUACAGUAUAGACCCCAUAUUCUUCAAGGAAAAGCUUCAUGGCUCAACUACAGUUGGUCUGAAAAAUUUUCUUGACAAGCAAAUGAAGAAUUCUGAGAUGUCAAUGCCAAAGCAAGAUGGGGUUCGGAGCUACCAAUUAUGGAAAAGGAAAUCCAGCAAACCAAAGGGUUUUAUUGAUAUUUUGAUUCAUAUUUCUGACGAUGAGAAAGAACCGGGUUCUCACACAGCAGGUAGCAAGGAAGGAAAAGGGCUAUUAGAUUAUGGCGACAAUACCCACCGGACUGCAGAAGAAGGAUUAAGACAAGCUUACCCGCAAAAACAGCCUCCGGAUUCAAUUCAUCAGGCAGAAGAUCAUAAAAACACAAACGUGCUAGACUCCUAUUCGGUGCCGUUCACCCCUACAAUCUAUUCUGAUCAAUAUUUGGGUGAACCCAGCUACCACGCAGCAGCUGGACCAAGCUAUCAACCACACAGAACUGUAACUCCUCCACCAUCCCCACCGUCUAAUGUUGGUUAUAUUCCCACUUUUCUGCCAAGAAGUUAUGGCUUACCUCCAAGCUUCACAAACAUACCACCAUCCAUGGAAGAACCCGGUCAAACAGUGCCUCCAGAUGUUGUACUGGAAAUAAGUACCGAGGCUUUAGCAGCUGGUACUGCAAUUUUUGGUGAUGACUUCCUAUCAGGAUUUGAUGUCAUGCGGUCCUAGGAGAUGCUACUGUUAACAUAUAAACCGAUCCUCCUUCCAAAAUCAAGCAUUAAAAUCAGCUUAAGUUAUUUCAUAUGCAGCUAAUCAGUAUAGCAAGCCAGUUAUGGCUAUUGUAUAUGAUUCCACAUUCUUAAGAUUGAAAUUCUAUGAAAGAA